AUGCAUUCUGAUCUGACAAUGUUUAGGAAAGGAUUAAGUGCUGUGUUCGUUAGCAGAUCAAUAAACGACAAAGUACUUGAUAACAACUACGACAGAACCAUCGACACGGGCAACACAAACCAUUUCGACCGCGGCAACUGCAGCCCACCAACAUCAACUAUAAAAAUGUUGAUACCUCAGUGCACUCGCCUAUUCAUCGUCACCAUCACCACCCUCAUGCUCUGCACCGUCAUAAAUCUCGUCAUCAACCUCCCCAACGUUCAGACGGCCAGACUAUCCAGAGUUUUUACAUCCAUGAACAUACACAAAAGAGAUGCAGCGAAUUUACCGAAAACCGAAUAG